CGGUGGCGUAUGAACUACGAUCGUGAACGUGCCUGUGGGUAAGGCACGGAGUACGUGGCAUACCAUUCGGGGCAGCCCAUUUACGAUUCUUCUAAGGCCCCGAGAAUAUUCGAAAAUCGAUUUUUUCGUUUUUCGCGUUUUUCUCGGCUCCUAGAGCGAAAAGGUUCCCAUAAGCGUCAGCAAUCUUCCCUAUUAAUCUUUGUUAGAAUAGUCGUAAAUCGGCUCACGAAUUAAAUGCCGUUCUGGAGUGUUGGAACGUCACCAACAGUCGAUAGUUGGCCUGACAUCCACAACCAACGACGUCUGUUGGGCCUUUUCUGUAUUUUUACGAUAUGUGACACAUCGAAACGAUUUUUUCUUCGAAUAACGUAAAACUAGUUUUAGUUUCAAAAUAUAAAAGACAGCAGAAAAACCAAAACAAUGAUCGAUAAAUCUAGUGAACCUAUUUCGGAAUCUACCAUCGCCGAGAUUUGCAGGAAAUUGGAUAAUGACGAAGUUCGCGUUAAUGAAGAAUUGGAGCUGAUGCUCCAGAGGCACUGUCAUGUGGAGGCAAAACUCCGUAAUAUCAGCAAGAUCCUUCCCAGUAUGAUUCUGAUACGAGAGGAGGGUGAGAAGUUCAGGACAAUGAUUGAUAAAACCCAUUCACUAGCUGAGACAGUCAGUGCAAAAGUUAGACAGCUGGAUUUAGCCAGGAGCAGAGUCUGUGAAUGUCAGAGCAGAGUCCACGACAUUCUAGAUCUCCAGUUAUGCAGUGAGGGUGUGGCAGCAGCACUGAAAAACGAGGACUACGAGCAAGGUGCUGGACACGUCCGUAGGUACCUCCUGAUGGACGAAAAGCUGCUGGAAAGAACAGCUGAUGACGUCUCGGGCGAUCGAAUGAGCAUAGCUGGCUCUCUGUCAACUCUGAAAGAAGCAGCAUUGCAGCUUCGCUCAGUCGUUAGUCGAAAAUUCGACGAAGCUGUGAGAUCCGAGGACCUGGCGUCAGUCGAGCGUUUCUUCAAGAUUUUUCCCCUCCUGGGGAUGCACGACGAGGGACUCCAGAAGUUCAGUCUCUACUUGUCAUCAAAAAUAGAGGAGACAGCUCGAAAAAAUCUUCGCCUAGCACUGGAGAUAAAGAGCAAAGACGAUCGUGCCCCAGUGAUUUACGCUGACACAAUGACACUUCUGUUCGAGGGAAUAGCCAGGAUAAUCGAGGUCCAUCAGCCAAUAAUAGAGACCUAUUACGGUCCUGGAAGACUCCUUAAAACUGCCCAAAUGAUUCAGAAAGAGUGCGACAAGCAGGUGAAGCGAAUCUUCGCUGAGUUUAUGAAAAAUCGGAAUAUCAACAGCAAAGUACAAUCGAUAAACGAUUAUAAUCGAGUCAAGCCCUCAACCUUGAUGACAACCGACAGGAAUGACAAGCCAGAUCCAAAAUUUCUGGACCUUCUUUUGGGUGAACUGACCUUAAUGCACACGAGGGCUGAAUUGUAUAUAAGAUUCCUACGCAGGCGAAUAACAAACGACAUUGAAAUAGCAAGUCAAGACGAUGAGCAACGCCAACAGCAGAUGGACACCUUCGAGAGAAUGAUAAAAAAUUCAGAAUUGUGUCAUGUGAUGCAGGACAUACUGGGGGCUUAUUUGGCACUUGAGAGAUAUUUCCUCGAGGAGUCUGUGAAUAAAGCCCUGGGUAUGGACGUGCUGGAGCAGAAUCAACAGACAUCAAGUAUGGUCGAUGAUGUCUUUUACAUUGUCAAGAAGUGUAUAAGACGAGCCAUCUUCAGUUGGAGCAUCGACGGUAUUUGUGCUGUUGUCAACAUGUCCUGUGGCAUUCUUGAGGGCGACUAUACCAAUCGUCUGAAGAACCGCCUUCGUCAAGGGUAUCCAGCUGGUUAUCUUGAUCUAGCACAAGCCUACAAUGCCCUCCAGACCAGCAUUCAACAGGGACGUCUGCAAGCAUCAGACACUGAGUAUGGGAGGUUAAUGUUUCUGGCGUAUUUGAACAAUGCUGACGUCAGCAUUGAGUACGUGGAGACAUUGAGCAAGAGUUUGGCUAGUGAAAUAGACUCGGCGUUUCUCCAAAUGUCCCAGAAGGACAGGGAUAAAAUAGAGAGUUGUCUAGCUGGAAUGAAGAAUGUCAUUGGAACAUUGAGAUCAGUCAUUGAUUAUGGAAUGGAACAGCUCAGAGCCAGUGCUGUAAAACCCAGAGUCACUCCCUGGGUGGAUGCCUUUCUCUCGGUCAAUCAUCAGAUCAAUGAGGACCAGCUGCUGAGGUACGAGACUGACGAGCCUUUCGUCCAGACUUUGAUUAUGAAUUUGGAGGGGCUUUUGCAGGGCUUCAAGGACAGCCUGACACCGUCUAAUUAUGAUGCACUGGUUGGAAUUCUCACAUCAGAGGUUACAAGCAGAUUAGAGAAAAUUGUUCUCAAGUCGACGUUCAAUAGAGCUGGUGGACUGAUAUUGGAUAAGGAAAUAAGAUCACUUGCCAGUUAUUUAGCUUCGGCAACUUCCUGGUCAGUGAGGGAUAAAUUCGCGAGACUUGUGCAAAUUGCUACGAUUCUCAGUGUUGAAAAAGUGGACGAGUUGAUUGAUUAUUGUGGGGCUGAUGCUAUUGUUUGGAGAUUAACUCCUGUCGAGGUCCGCAAAAUCGCUGGACUCAGGACUGAUUUUCGAUCGGAUGACAUUAAACGCCUUAAAUUGUAAUUGCCCAUUGUUUUUAAUAUAUUGUUGUUUAAUAUCUGUGAGACAUCUAUUAUUUAUUUUUUUGUAUAUAAAAGUAUUGGGCCAAUUAAGGAGACUUUAGUCUUUUUUGAUAGGUGACUAUUAGGUUAGGGAAAAUUUUACUGAAAUCAAGGACAAGAAGCUUAAGGUAGUCCUUGAAUGUAUCACCCCCAUAAACAUGGCAAGAUAAUGAGUUAAUUGAUUGUCGGGGGGCCAAUGCUAUGGUUCGGUAUUGCUGUCCUCAGGACUGAUUGUCGUUCUUGACGCUUAUUCUGUUAAUCAUCAACUUGGAGAAUUAAUAAAAAAGUCAGAUUUUCAGCAUAAGUACAAA